AGAAGAUCUUUUUGCGAACUCCUGCCUUGUGCUCCAACCAUCUACCAGGUGUCCGAAAAAAAACUACACCCUGUUUGAUUUCAUGUAAUGUAAAACCUAUAAAAGCUAUUUCACUAAAAUAGAAAGCAUUGUAUUCAUAAAGGAUUAACUUAGAUUUUGAUAUAUAACAUUUAAUUUUCCGUACGAUAUUGACGGAAAUACAAGUGUUUGAAGUUGCGAGGAUUUUUAGAAAUUGGCGUAAAAACGACAAAAAUCGCCGCAUCAAACGAAAUUGAAAGCAGUUAUCACUUUACAUGGAAUCUUUUUAACUUCAGUGAUUUUAUCUUUAAGUUUAGGUUAUUCCCUUGCAACUUUUCUUUUAAAGAUUGAUUCUUAGGAAUAAAACAAUUUAGUGAAAGUAAUAAUUCACGUUUAAAGAAAGUUGCAUUUGACGUCCCUUGGGAUGAAAAUUCGCAAUGAAAUAAACAUUGUCGAUCAGAUUUUCAUUCUUAAAGAUGCCUCAGUUAACAAAAGACCAAAGAGUUUGGAUUUGUAUCGAAUACGCUAGAACAAACAAUGUUCGUGAAGUAAUAAGGCGGUGGCCGGUAAGAUGGCAUGGUAUUCCAGUGCCGAGUAAGGUAACCAUAAAAGCAACGUUUGAGAAGUUCGUGCGAGAAGGCACUUGCCACAAUCUUAACAAAGGAAGAAGCGGUCGAUUAAGAACUGUCAGAGCUCAGGAAAAUAUAGAUGUGGCCCGACAGUCUCUCUUGGAAGAUAGUAUGAGAUCAGCAAGAAGAAAUGGGUUAGGAUUAAGUCGAAGUAGUUUUAAUUGAAUUGUCAAAAUGGAUAUCAAAUUUCAUCCAUACGUCCUAAUACGGAGGCACCAAUGAGAGAAGGCGAUCCACAACAACGAUUGGCAUUCUGCAAUCGAUUUGUCUACACGGCAGGGCAGAAUCCUGAUUUCGUUGACCAGCUAAUCGUUUCCGACGAAGCAAUUUUUAUCUUAAAUUGUGAAAUAAAUUCAAGAAAUGUCAUAAAAUACGCAGGAAAGAGGGACGUACGGGCACCUGCCGGAUCAUUAUUUUGAAUUUUCUGAAGGCGCCAACCAACUGAUGGUAUGGGUUGGAUUGGCAAGAACAGGUGUUGUUUUGGGUCCACAUUUUAUCGAAAGAAAUCUCGACGGCAGAGAAUACUUGAGAAUAAUUCGCUAUAACGUCAUCCAAAGAGAUUUUCUCAUCCACAAUGUCGAUAGGCAUGAUAUGUGGUGGCAGCAAGACGGCGCUUGCGGUAUCUGACGAUGCGGUAUCUUCGAGGACAAUUUCCCGGUCGAAUAAUGAGCAAACGCGGCGAUUGACCCUGGCCCCCACGCUGUCCUGAUCUGUCAAUUUCUGACUUUUUUCUCUGGGGCUAUCUAAAGCAAACAAUUUGGAACGUGCAGCUUGAUCAGCAGCCAAGGAAUCUUAGACAAUUGCGUGAGGCAAUCGUUUCUGCUCGCGAAUCUUUGGAUCAACAAAUGAUCCAAAACGCUUUUGAUGGUAUGAUUUCUAGAGCACAACGGUGCAUUCAGGCUCAAGGACACGCUUUUCCUGAUGAGUAAACACAUAUUAGUUAAUCCUUUUGUACAUAAAUGCAUUCUUCUAGCUAGAAUAAAAAUAAUCAACAAGUAAACUAAAUUGGAAUUUGAUAUGCUGUUUUAUGCUAAUUUUUGACCUUUUCAGAAAUGGUAGUUCAACUUUGAAACAUCAAUAGCUCUGUCAAUAUCGCACUGAAAAUGAAAUGUUAAUAUCAAUAUCUAAGUUAAUCCUUUCUAAAUACAAUGCUUUUUAUUUUGGCGAAAUAGCUGUUAUAGAUUUUACGUUACAUGAAAUCAAACAGGGUAUAGUUUUUUGGGGGACCCCCGGUAGAACACCAACAUCUCUUCGACUCACCGAUGUACGAAAAAGAGCAGGAUUUGCAUGAGAUAUACUAUUGCUCGAGUCAGGAUUCGAGCCAGGACUCGAGCCAGGACUCGAGCCAGGACUCGAUCAAAAAAAUGCGAAAAUACGGGGAAUUGCCAUUACCCAAUGGUUUUGUUUCAUAAGACACGUUACACAGGCUAGCUAAAUGUUCUACUACUAGCAAAUUACUACAAUCUUUCAAUAAUUACGCUAAUCACAUUUGGUAAUACAGUUAGCCAGCGUGGCCGGCUCUUCUAUAAUACAGUUUGGUGAUAUUGGCGUCUAUUACAGGAAAAUAAGGCAGGGAGAAUUAUCAUACUCUUUCACGAAUGCUAAGCGGCAAUGAGCGGCAACAAGUAUCUGUUUUGUAAAGAGCGAGACUGCUAGUGAUGGGCAAUUCCAACUGUUUUAGUUCGAUAAAAUACUGGCCGGAUAUUUUCCUUUUUUGGAUAUCGAAAUUUGCGCAAUAUAUCAAAGACAAACAAUGUUCAACAAUGGUAUUGACUAUUGUUUCAUUCACUGUCUUCCGACGCUAAUAACCGUUACACCCCGGGGUUGAACUCAGUCCUGUUUACCGGGUUGAAAUUUCAGCCCUGUCUGUAAUACAAAACUCUAUCAAAAUCAAACGCGCGAUUACAUGACAAAAUUUGCAACCCAGGGCUGAGUUCAACCCCGGGGUUGAAAUUUCAACCCUGUUUCAGCUAGCAGGGUUGAAAUUUCAACCCCAGGGUUGAACUCAGCCCUGGGUUGAAAAUUUUGUCAUGUAAUCGUUUCAACCCAGGGCUGAAAUGAUAAUGAGUUAUUCGAGCAUGCGUGGUAGUGACUAUUUAUUACAAGAAAACAAAAUAAAGGCUUUUUACUUCCGCGAAUCGAUGCCGAGAACAUAUAGUAUAACGCUUUAACAUCGGGGUUGUAAUCGCAAAAAAUUUCAACCCGGUUAACAGGGCUGAGUUCAACCCCGGGGUUGAAAAUGCUCCAUGUAAUCGGCUCCUUAAUAGCCAAAGUCAGAUGAGAUUGACAGCUCUGUAUGUACAAAUAUACCAAAUAUAGACUAUCGUUCUUUAGUUGUUUUUAUCGACUCUGGUGGAAAAAGGCGGGAAAUUGAUUUGGUAAACGAGUUCUCUCACUUCCCAUUUGCGAAACAUGACUUUGGUUAUCGAUAAACAAUUCCUCAGAUUCAGUUAAAUUUCCUUAAACAUUUCGCAUUGUUGGUGAACGAAUAGUCUAAAUUUAAGGAAAUUUCCUUAAAAGUGAGAACGCUGUUGGUAAAUUUUCAUCCAUCAAAAUCACCUGACGUCAUUUUUGGCUCGAGUCCUGAAUCGAGUCCUGGCUCGAGUCCUAGCUCGAGUCCUGGCUCGAGUCCUGGCUCGAUUCCUGACUCGAUAUACACCCUUUUCAUAAAUGGCUGCCAAUUAAAAAUUCUUUUAUGUGCAUAUAAAUUGGCCCAACUAGCCUCGUACUCAUGUUAAGAUUUCAAAGGAAUUUCUACCCAGAAACGAGGCUAGUUGGGCCAAUUUAUAUGCACAUAAAAGAAUUUUUAAUCGGCAGCCAUUUAUGUAAAGGGUGUAUUUAAGUACUCUCGAUUUGCAUUCAUAUUUGUGCACUACAGCCUUUGUUCUCUCCUCUGAUGGUCUCGUCUAGCUUUGGUAUGCGAAAUAUAUUUGCCAACGUACGUACAGGUUUAAAUGCUACCCGAACUCCUGCCUUUGUUAGAACACUUUUUACUUUUACUUUUUGAGUUUGAAAUAAAAUUAUUUCAAAUUCUCGCAUUCAAACAACUUUGCUUUCUUUUUCAUUUAAAAAUUUUAAUAUAAUAAAAAAGGAACUCAAUAAAGAAACACUGAAAUUAUGUGCUGUCGUUUUAGUUAAAAUAUAUAUAGACAACGAUCAGCUUUUAAAGCAUCAAUAAUUACAUCACUAUUUAAAACAAACCUACCUUCGUUAACGUCUGCGCCUUUACUCUUUACGUUCUUUUAGCAAUUUAUUUCGCCUUUAUUUUCAUAAAAAGCUGUUGAAAUUCACAAAAUCUUGCAAAAAUUACAUACACAUUAUUUGCAAAUUAUCAUUAAAUUAUUAAAUUAUUUGCAUUAUGAAUUAUUUGCAAAAAAUCAUUAAAUCAAGAAAUGUUUGCUAAUUCGCUGUCGUCAUGAGUCAUUAUAAUGCAAAUUUUAAAUUUGACCAAUCAAUGUUCGCUAUUCAUGACAGUCCGCCAUAUUUUUGAGAUCAGUGAGGAUUACCACCCACUCACUCAACACUGUUGGUCACCCACGCGCCCGAUCAUUGAUGAACUUCAGACUUCGCUAAUGCUUUCAUUUUCCCGGGUGUAAAUAGCCGGGCGGAAUUAGUACCCUCGCCUCUAGUGCAUAAUAUAAGGGGCUGUUUAUAUGGUCGCGCUUACCCGGGAUUCAAUAAAGUGUGACGUAUUUUGAGCAAUUGAAAUACGUGUUUCGGCCCUAAACAAAAGUUAGAUAACUUUAAAUAUUAGUUAAAUGAAAUUAGGAACGCGCUAGAAGUCAUGUAGUGGAAGAAGACGAUUAAUAACAUUGAACAACAUUUGUUUUUUUUGUCUAAAACAUGGAAUUUCAUACAAUUUGUAACAAUCAAUUUUGUUUGAUCAUGAAGUGCGACUUAUUUCAAUUGCUCAAAAUACGUCACACUUCAUUGAAUCCCGGGUAAGCGGGACCAUAUAAACAGCCCAGUAAAACAUCCACUAACAUUUAUAGCUCAGUUGGCUCUCACCAUAAGAGGCCUGGACACUAAGCUUUGUCGCUGUAAAAGUUUCUCAUCAUUCUCAAGUGAGAACAUAUUAAAGUGUAUACUAAAGUGUAGUUUAUUAGCGUCUUCUCAUAAAAUGGAUGAAAAUUGAUGAUGGAUAUUGAUUAACAACAACUUGAGCCCCCCCCCCCCCUAAAUCACUUCGCACAUGGGCAGGGAUGAAGGUAUGUUUUAAUGUUUUCUUCAAAUAAACUAUUCUUCGAUGAUCAAUGUUCACUUCAUUCCUUAUCAGUGUAACAAACUUUUCACUCUGACACAGCUAAAGAUAUUUAGCUUGGUUUGCUGUGUAGUAAACUACACAGCAAACCAAGCUAUAUAUCUGUAGCUGUGUCAGAGUGAAAAGUUUGUUACACUGUUAAGGAAUGAAAUGAACAAACCCCGCAUUUCAAACCUGUUUUAUACAAUUUCGUUUAUUUCCGGUCAACAUGCAUGCAUGCGGACUGAGAGAUAUAGUUCAAGGGAGAGCUCGCGGAGGUUGCUGACUCGACAAAGCUAUAUACCUGUACCCUGUCUCUGUUUACCAAAAUAUACAGUAUAUAUAGGGUGUAUCAGAAACGGUAUAUAUAUUUAAUCCUAAUUUCUACUAUAAAAUUGAAAAGUUGGUAAAAAGUUCUACAAUUAUUGUCCUGAAAUUUCUGAAAUCAGGAUAUUUUUUUAUGAACACGUACUAGGCCUAUAUAUAUAUAUAUAUAUAUAUAUAUAUAUAUAUAUAUAUAUAUAUAUAUAUAUAUAUAUAUAUAUAUAUAUAUAUAUAUAUAUAUAUAUUAUAUAUACUUUGCCCCACAAAGUAAAUGUCCUUAAACAACUUCACGAAGGGAUGCAAGCGAGGGUCUGUUCCGAAGGCCAGUUUCCCCAUAAAUGAUGGCGUAAAACAAGGUUGUGUUGUAGCGCCGAUCCUAUUCAUCUUGUUCUUCGGGGCUAUGUUGAAAGACUGCUUAGAUGGUAAUGACAAAGGUAUUCGCGUGAAUUUCAGAACAAAUGGUGGAUUGUUCAACUUACAACGUCUGCGCGCGAAAACAAAUAUAAGAGAACAACUUGUAAGAGAAUUAUUAUUUGCAGAUGACUGCCGCAUAUUCGCUCACUCUGUAGAAGAUUUACAAUCGUUGAUGGACAGUUUCACAAAUGCGUCUAGACGCUUUGACUUGAUAAUCAGCUUAAAAAAUACAGAAGUAUUAUGCCAACGACCACCAGGAGUGCUUCUAGAUAAAGCAUCAAUCAUUGUGAACGAUCAAAAACUGAAAACAACUAAAAUAUUCCCGUAUCUUGGUAGCACAAUAUCCUAUGAUGCGCAAUUAGACCAUGAAAUCGAAAGAAGGAUAGCAAAAGCCAGCUCCUCUUUUGGAAGACUCAAAGAUCGUGUAUGGAAUAGUCAUGAUAUCAAACUAGAAACAAAAAUAGCUCGCAGUUGCUAUAUCAACGCUCCUGUAUGGAGGGGAAACAUGGACCCUGUAUGGCAGGCACAUCAAAAAACUAGAAGCUUUCCAGCAAAGAUCCCUCCGUAGCAUUAUGCGG